AAUGCCUGAAACUGCACAUGGUAUAGAGGGAGCCCUCCCCAUCCUAUAAAUAUUAGAUUACACAAGUACUUGGUAUCCCCCAAUUACUUUAGUUCAAGCAAAUACAGGUAUCAUAGUUAGCUGCCUUGAGGAAGAUGUCUUCCCAUCAUUCUCUUCCUCUUGUCGCCCACGAGUAUUUGGUUCAGAAUUCAAAGACAGAUAUCAUUCGUCGGUCGGCGAAUUACCAUCCUAGCAUAUGGGGUGAUCAAUUCCUCAAAUAUGCUCCACCUGCUAUGGUAUAUGAAGCUUGUCCUGAGCAUGUUGAAGAGCUGAAAGAAGAAGUAAGGAGGAUGCUAAUGGCCGAUGCCAAUGAUCCAUCAAAGAAAUUGAACUUGAUUGAUUCGUUACAACGGCUUGGUGUGGCAUACCAGUUUGAAGAAGAGAUAGAGGAGUUGUUAGAGAAGAUGCAUGAUGCCCUCCCUGUUGAUGGUUUAGACGGCUGCAGCCAUCUUUACACCAUUGCUUUAUGGUUUCGAUUACUGAGACAACAAGGGUAUAAUGUCUCCUGCAAUGUUUUCAAUAGGUUCAAGGAUAGCAAAGGCAGCUUCAACGAGGAAUUGAUUAAAGAUGUGCCUGGCAUGCUAUGCUUGUAUGAAGCUACUUUUCUCAAGGUACAUGAAGAAGACAUUUUAGAUGAAGCCUUGACCUUCACAACCACUCAACUUAAAUCUAUAGUUACUGAUUUAAAGCCUCCUCUUGCAACACAAGUGAUUCAUGCAUUGAAACAACCCCUCCACAAGGGCAUGCCAAGAUUAGAAGCUAGGCAUUACAUCACUGUUUAUCAAGAAUUUAAGACAAAGAAUGAGACGCUGCUGAAGCUUGCUAAGUUGGAUUUCAAUUCACUGCAGUUAAUUCAUCGGCAAGAGCUAAGCCAACUCUCAAGAUGGUGGAAAGAUUUAGACUUCGCAACUAAACUCCCUUAUGCUAGAGACCGACUCGUGGAAUGUUAUUUUUGGAUAGUGGGGGUCUAUUUUGAGACACAUUACUCUCUUGCUAGAAUGAUCUUAACCAAAGUUAUAACCAUGACUUCAAUCAUUGAUGAUACCUACGAUGUAUAUGGCACACUUGAAGAACUUAAGCUCUUCACAGAUGCAAUUGACAGGUGGGACAUAAGCGGCAUGGAGCAACUUCCCGAAUACAUGAAAGUGCUUUAUUCUGCACUUCUAGAUGUUUACAAUGAGAUCAAGCAAAAUCUGAUAAAGAAAGGACAAUCUUAUCGAGUUAAUUAUGCAAUAGAGGCAAUGAAGAGGCAGGUCAGAUCAUACUUAAUAGAAGCCUUAUGGUUUAAUGAAGGAUGCAUUCCAACGUUUGAAGAGUAUAUGGGAAUUGCAUUAACCUCCUGUGGUUAUCCUAUGCUUAUAGUCACAUCCUUUGUUUGCAUGGGAGAUAUUGUCACAAAGGAGACGUUAGACUGGGCCAUUGAUGAUCCUAAACUUAUUAGGGCUUCGGCAUUAAUAUGCCGGCUUAUGGAUGAUAUUGCAUCCCACAAGGUAGAGCAAGCGAGAGGAGAUGUUUGUUCGAGUGUUGAGUGCUAUAUGAAACAACAUAGAGUGACAGAGCAAGAGGCAUGUGAUGAGCUUCAUAGAAGAGUGGAGAAGGCAUGGAAAGAUAUAAACGAAGAGUGCAUCAAACCAAGUAGGAGUCCCGUUCCAUUAAUGCCAUUUCUGAUGCAGAUUGUCAAUUUUACGCGUAUGAUGGAUGUCAUAUAUAAACAUGAUGAUGGAUACAGUAAUGCCGCUCAAGUGCUGAAAGAGUACAUCACCUUCUUGUUCAUUGAUCCAAUAUGAUUUUCUCAUUAAUUGGAUAUGUAUUUGUAAACGACAGAUGCUCACUAUUGAGUCCCAUUAUGAUCAAUUUAACGUACGUAAAAAAGUGCCUUCAGUGUCUGUCUA